AUGGCUUUCUCUCGCUCUUCUAUGCUGGCCGUGGCGGCUACCACUCUGGCCAUUGGCGCCUCUGCCUCGCUGGAGGUUUGCACCAACGACAGCACCUUCAGUUGCCAGAGUUCGUCCACGACUGCGACUUGCUGCUUCAAUUACCCGGGUGGUGCCCUCCUGCAGACUCAGUUCUGGGAUACUGACCCAUCCACGGGCCCAUCUGACUCCUGGACUAUCCACGGUCUAUGGCCCGACAACUGUGAUGGCACUUACCAGUCCAGCUGUGACUCCACUCGUGCCUACACCAACAUCUCGGACAUCCUGACAGCACAGGGUCGGACCGAUCUUCUAACCUACAUGCAAGAGUACUGGGUCGACAUCGACGGUGACGACGAGUCCUUCUGGGCUCACGAGUGGGGCAAGCACGGUACUUGCAUCAACACCAUCGAGCCCAGCUGCUACACUAGCUACACCGCGCAGGAGGAAGUCGGCGACUAUUUCGAGAAGGUGGUGGACCUGUUCAAGGGUCUCGAUACGUACACGGCCCUCUCCAAUGCGGGCAUCACCCCCGAUAGCUCCAAGACCUACACUCUGAGCGAGAUCCAGGCUGCCCUGACCAGCCUGCAUGACGGCGCAUCGGUCUACCUUGGCUGCUCGAGCGGCUCGCUGAACCAGGUUUGGUACUUCUUCAAUGUGGCUGGCAAUGCUAUUGAUGGCGAGUACCAGGCUGUGGAUACUCUUACCACGUCUGGCUGCCCCAGCACCGGCAUCAAGUACGUGCCCAAGUGA